UCCAGCAAAACUGGUGAGCACAUAGCCAGCAAAAUCCCCAUUUUCUUUGUUGGUGUCUGUGCUAAAAAGAUUCAUCUUUUCGGCCUAGAACUCAGUUUCCAGCACGCGGCCUCAUUUAUUUCUCCUCACAUUUGCUAACCACCGCAUCUUUAUUCACAUUUUGAUUUGAUUCAUUAUUUGAGCCUCAGUGAAAAUCUAUACGGAGAGAUGCUCAUUGUCUACCGUUUUGGUGGUUGAUUCAUCUGAUACCGAGAUGCUGUUUUCCGUUGCAGGUGCUUCCGGACUCCGUGGGCUCUGCCGCCGACCAAGGAAACAGCCUCCUCUGUAGCUCUCUUCCCAUUCAAGUGAUCCAUUUCUUUAAAAACUCUGAAUCUGUAUUAAACCCCCAUUCCAUAUCCUCUCUCUAGAAAGUGAAUAAAAAGUUGCUUCUUGCCCGGUUGGUUGUCAAGAUUCGGUUGCACGAAGCAUUUAUCUUUUCGCCUCUUUUAGAUCCCAUCACUUUUUCCCCUCUACAACUUCAAGAAAUUGGCUAUAUUGAGAAAAUUGGUCCCCACUCCUGCAUUUAUCCAUUUCCAGGGAUUCUCUCCUCGAUUCAAGCCCUGUCGGAUCGUUGGAAAUGCUCGAAAGUCAAUCCGGCCUAGUGCAUUUUGCUGUAUUCAGUUGAGUAGUGUGGAAGCAUUGUGGUGUUCUUUCCCCCUUUUUCUUCAAGUAUUUGGGUGAGAAUAGAUCUUCAAGUCUGGCAAGAUGAAGUUUAUGAAGCUUGGAUCCAAGCCUGAUACGUUUCAGACCGAUGGGAACAGUGUCAGAUAUGUGGCUAGUGAGUUGGCUACCGACAUUAUCGUUUACAUUGGCGAUGUUAAGUUCUACCUUCACAAGUUUCCUCUUCUCUCUAAAUGUUCACGGUUACAGAAGUUAGUUUCUUCGGGUAAUGAUGGAAAUGGCGAUGAGGUCAAUAUUGAUGAUAUUCCAGGUGGUGCCAGCGCCUUUGAAGUUUGUGCCAAGUUUUGUUACGGGAUGACUGUAACCCUAAAUGCUUAUAACGUUGUUACAAGCCGUUGUGCUGCUGAGUAUCUCGAGAUGCAUGAGACAGUAGAGAAAGGCAACCUCAUCUACAAGGUCGAUGUUUUCCUCAACUCGGUGAUUUUCAGGAGCUGGAAGGACUCCAUCAUAGUUGUUCAGACUGUGAAAUCCACGUCCCCGUUGAGCGAGGAAGCAAAGAUAAUCAGCCAGUGCAUCGAUGCUAUCGCUUCCAAGGCGUCCGUUCAUGUAUCUAAGGUAGAUUGGUCCUACACAUACAACCGGAAGAAGAUUGCUGAGGAAAAUGGGAACGACCCCGGCUGGGAAGCCCUCAGAAACCGAAUGGUCCCGAAUGACUGGUGGGUCGAGGACUUGUGCGAGCUCGACAUAGAUUUGUUCAAGAAGAUCAUCAUGACUAUUAAGAACAAACAAGUUGUAUCUAGUGAGGUGAUCGGAGAGGCUUUAAAAGCAUAUGCUUACCGUAAACUACCCGGCUCUGGCAAGAACGUUAUCCAACAGAAUGAUCUGGCCAAGUAUCGCAACAUCUUGGACACCAUCGUGUGGUUGUUGCCCGCGGAGAAGGGCAGCGUCUCGUGCAGUUUUUUGCUCAAGCUGUUGAAAGCGUCCAUCUCCGCUGACUCAGGAGAGACGGUCAAAAUGGAGCUGGCGAAAAGGAUAGGGCGUCAGUUGGAGGAGGCUUCCGUCACUGAUCUGUUGAUCCGAGCUUCUGACGGGGAAGAGACAAUGUACGAUGUCCAUGUGGUCACAAAAAUACUCGAGGAAUUCGUGACACGAGACAAGAACUCCAUGGCCGAGAUGGAAGUUGGUGGUGAGAUUCAAGAUAUGUCGAGCCCCGUUAGGCCCGGGAUUCUCUCCGAAGCUUCGAAACUGAUGGUGGCAAAGCUUGUAGACGGCUACCUUGUUGAGAUUGCAAAGGAUCCUAAUCUACCACUAGCUACCUUCACCGGGAUUGCAGAGCUCGUCUCGGGCUAUCCCAGGCCUUCCCACGAUGCUCUAUAUCGCGCCGUUGAUACAUAUCUCAAGGUGCACCCCGGGAUCAGUAAGAGCGAGCGAAAGAAGCUAUGCCGGUUGAUGGACUGCAAGAAGCUCUCCGCGGAGGCGUGCAUGCAUGCCGUGCAGAACGAGAGGCUCCCUCUACGCGUGGUGGUGCAGGUACUCUUUUUCGAGCAAGUCCGGGCUUCUGCUUCCUCCGGAAGCAGCACCCCGGACCUACCCAAGGCCAUCAAGGAGCUCAACUCCAGCUCCUACGGCAGCUCCCGGUCGCAGACAACCAACACCGACGAGGAUUGGGACGCUGUUGCCUCGUCGGAGGAGCUCAGAGCGCUGAGAGGCGAGCUGGCCUCCCUGAGGGUGGGCAACGGAGCGAUGCACGAGAGGAGCAACGGGGAGAGCAAGAUGAACGGGAACUCGGACAGGGCCGCCAUCAGCAAGAUGAAGGGUCUGAUCAUGUCGAAGAGGAUCUUCUCCAAGAUUUGGUCGAACAAGGCGGCGCAGGCGGAGAACAGCGGGUCCGAUUCAUCGGAGAGUCUCGGCUCGGGCAUCCACGACGAGGCGAAGUCAACGCCGACGAGGAAAGGGAGGCAUUCUGUGUCUUAGAGAGAGGAAAGAUCUGGUUUUUGCUUUCUUUUUAAUGGAUCUUUCUUUACAAGAUUAGUUUGGAUUCUAAUUAAGCGUCGAAUUUAGCUUCUUGUAGUCUUAAUUCUAGUGCAGUAAAUGCUGUUUAUUACUA